GUACACUUCAUUGAUAUGGCAGAUUUGGAUAUCCACAUUUGGUCAUCUGCAGAAAUGGAUUUGGGUGCUUAUCUGAUUUUACCAGAAACCAUUGCGGGUGCUGUUGCAAAAAUGGCCCAUGCUCAGUACGAUACCGGAAGCAAUCUUUAUUGGAUUGAUUGCAACGCCAAAUUUCCGGAUAUAAUAAUCGACCAUUUGUAUACGAUAAGGGCAAGCGAUCUUAUCAUCAAGGAUAGAAGAAGAUAUGUUCAGAUUUCUAAUGACUUGUGCAUAUUGGCUGUAAAAGAAAGAGCGACACCACUGAUGGGGCCGAUGCUCAUUGGUGCACCAUUUUUCUAUCAUUAUUGCGUAGUAUUCGAUGUUGCUAAUAAAAGGCUGGGAAUUGCAGAGUCAAAAAGGUACGUACCUGUGUAG